UUACCUCAGUUGACUCUUAUCGUAGUUCCACUCAUCGUCACACUUUCCAUCAGACUUUCCAGGGAGUUGUUUCCCUCCAGCAGUCAUGCUCAAGUUUAUUGUCGCCCUCGUGGUGGCGUUGGCUGUCACGGAGGCAGUGAAGUUACAUCCAAGCAAAAUUAAAUUCGCCAGGAAACAAGCUUUAACCAAACGGCAAGCUGGGACAACUUGUGCCGAAAACCAGUUUAUGUGUGAGUCCGGGGAGUGCAUCCUAGCGGAGUGGGCGUGCGACACUCAAGCCGACUGUUCUGAUGGGUCCGACGAAAAAGACUGUCAAUGCAUGUGCAGAGGUGAGCACAAGUUUCAAUGCAGUAACGGUAAAUGUGUUCCGACGUCCUUCAUCUGCGAUGCGUUUGACGAUUGCGGCGAUGGAAGCGACGAGGUGGACUGCCACAUGAACACCUGUAGACCUGGGCAGGUGCAGUGUGACAGCCACAGGUGUAUCGAGGAACACUACUUGUGUGAUGGCUUCAACGACUGCGGCACUGGCUGGGAUGAAAGGACUGUGAAGCUACUGCCUGCAGACCCUGGCAAGUUAACUGUCCUGGCACCACCAUUUGCAUCGACCCCACGUGGAAGUGUGAUGGCGACAACGACUGUGGCAACGGAUGGGACGAGAGCGACUGUGAAUCGUGCCCCAGAGAAGGUUACGUGCUAUGUGCUGGCUCCACCAAGUGUGUGCACGAAACCUGGUUCUGCGACGGGUGGGCACACUGUCCGGGUGGAUAUGAUGAGGCCAACUGUGAACCAAAAAGAUGCAACGAGACUACAGAGUUCACCUGGGACAACUUGUGCCGAAAACCAGUUCUUGUGCACUUCCGGUGAGUGCAUCCUAGCGGAGUGGGCGUGCGACACACAAGCCGACUGUGAGGAUGGGUCCGACGAAAAAGACUGUCAAUGCAUGUGUAGAGGUGAGCACAAGUUUCAGUGUGAUAACGGUAAAUGUAUCUCAACGUCCUUUGUCUGCGAUGCUCAUGACGACUGUGGCGAUGGAAGCGAAGAGGUGGACUGCCACUUGAGAACCUGUAAACCCGGGCAGGUGCGAUGUGACAACCACAAGUGCAUCGAUGACCACCAUCCUGGCAAGUACUUUGCCCGGGCACCACCAUUUGCAUCGACGCCACGUGGACGGUGUGAUGGCGACGACGACUGUGGUAACGGAUGGGACGAGAGCAACUGUGAAACCUGCCCCAGGGUGGGUUACGUCCUUUGCGCUGGCACCACGAAGUGUAUUCCCUCGGACUGGGUCUGCGAUGGCUGGGCACACUGCCCCGGGGGUACUGAUGAGGAGAACUGUGCUGACCUCCACCCUACCACGUGUCGUAACCGGAUGACGUUGCAGGGGUGCGUGGUGAUGAACGACACCAUCACUCCUAUCUGUCUGGACGACGAGCUGGGCUUCAAGUACUGCCGCCAUUACUGCAACCUGUGUCUACCCGGCGAUUCGACUGCUUCGAUGGGCGCCGACGAGCGUGACUGUCCGUGUGAGUGUGGCGGCGAGCACCAGUUCAAGUGUCACAGCGGCCCGUGUAUCCCCGCCAAACACGUCUGCGACGGUGACGACGACUGCGGUGACAACAGCGACGAGACCGACUGUGUUAUAGACCCAGGCACCUGUGGCACUGGCCAGGUGCAGUGCGACAACUACAAGUGCGUGGAGGUGACAUGGGUGUGCGACGGGGACGAUGACUGCGGCGACGGGUGGGACGAGCGGGACUGCGGAGGAACGUGCAAUUCCUACAUGUUUCACUGCGCUGCAGGUGAUCGGUGUGUGCCCUCCAGCUACAGGUGUGACAUGAUCAGGGACUGUCCUGACGGAAGUGACGAACUGAACUGUGAGUGCGAUGCCACCCACUGGCAGUGCGGCACCGGACGGUGUAUCUUCCACACAUGGCGGUGCGACGGUGCUGACGACUGUGGCGAUAACUCUGACGAAGUUAACUGCCCCACUAUCCACCCCGCCCACUGCAUCGACCAUCUCUCCAUCCGCGACUGCAUCCUUCUGAACGAGACGACGAGGCCAAUCUGUCUGCACGACGAGCACGGCUUCAAGUUCUGCCGCAAGUUCUGCAACCACUGCCAGGACUAGAGCGGUUGUCUCCCUUCGUCAUCUCCAUAUUGCAGGACAACUACAGAUGUUUGUGACAGUGAAGGCCGUGGUGGCAUGAAAAAAGACCGUAGUUUCCAGCCUGUAGACUGCCUUGAGUUGCUCAUUAAAACUCAAAUGUUUAGUCCGUAGCUACAGUCGCGAAAAAAAA